AUGACAAUUAUCAACUCAAUUUCUUCAUUAGGAAAAAUCUCAAAUAAAAACAAAAGCCAAGCUAAUUUAAAUAGCAAUUCAACUAAUUCUCCAAAUAAUGUUCAAGGAUUAAAUCAAAACACAGGAUUAGUUAGUAGUUUAUUAGAAUUAGUUCGUGGAGUUACUUUUGCGCUUGGUCUUGCAGUUGAGUCUGUAGGAUUGUAA